UGUAAGGUUUCAAUAAAAACAAUGCAUUUAAAUGAAUUCAAUUGUAAAAAUUAACUUCCUGCUGACAGCAGGCAUAGUUUUAAUAUUUUACGCCAGAACUGAUGGAAUUGUUAUAAAACCUGUAAUAUCAGUGAGGGCUGGUGUCCGUUCUGCCGGAAAACCAACUGCCCAUAAACAAGGCGGAUCGGCACCGUCCGGAAAACGUGGCGGAAAGCCUGGAGGGAAAUCUGGCGGUAAACCUGGAGGAAAAUCUGGUGGGAAAUCUGGUGGAAAAUCUGGCGGAAAAUCUGGCGGAAAAGCAGCUGACCGUAAAAGAGGGUCUAAAUCUUCAUCAGGUCAGAAUGACCGUCAUCAAGAUCAGUGUAGGAGAAAUCCUCAACUAGCAGAAUGUCAGGAGUUAAGAAAUAAAACGCUGAGUAUGGAGAAAAUGGCAUCAAGUUCCAAUAUGGAAAGAAUGGCAACAAAUUCGGGUGCAGUGAAUAAAGCCGCCAUUAAUAUUGAUAAUUCUGUUUUCUUCUGGAUUAUUUUGAAAUGUUUACAAUAAACUCUAAAAUCUGAAAAAA